CCCAGCCCCCUUUCCCCAGCUCCUACAGCCCGGUGUCCGCUCUGCCAGGCCCUGCCCCUUCCUACGUCACGCCCCGCCCCGCUUCAGGCCCCGCCCCCAUCAGGUGGCCUUUUUCUGCAGCCCUGAGAGCGGCAGCCCGGCACGAAAGAGCGCCCACGUUGGCUGCGCUUCCUCCUCCUCCGCCGGGUCUUCCUCCUGUCCGUCGCCGCCGCCGCCAUGCCUGGAGGUCUGCUGCUCGGAGACGAGGCCCCCAACUUCGAGGCUGACACCACGAUCGGCCGCAUCCGCUUCCACGACUUCCUCGGAGACUCAUGGGGCAUUCUCUUCUCCCACCCUCGGGAUUUUACUCCAGUGUGCACAACAGAGCUGGGUCGUGCUGCAAAGCUGGCCCCAGAAUUUGCAAAGCGGAAUGUUAAGAUGAUAGCCCUUUCUAUUGACUCUGUCCAAGACCAUCUUGGCUGGAGUAAGGAUAUCAACGCAUACAAUGGAGAUGAGCCCACGGAGAAGCUGCCUUUCCCAAUCAUUGACGAUCACAAGCGGGACCUUGCCAUCAAGUUGGGCAUGUUAGACCCAGAUGAACGGGAUGGGCAGGGCAUGCCUCUGACAGCUCGUGUGGUAUUUAUUUUUGGCCCCGAUAAGAAGCUGAAGCUGUCUAUCCUCUACCCGGCAACUACUGGCAGGAACUUUGAUGAGAUCCUCAGAGUGAUUGAUUCCCUUCAAUUGACAGCAUACAAGAAGGUUGCUACUCCUGUUGACUGGAAGUGUGGGGAUAGUGUCAUGGUUGUUCCAAAUAUCUCUGAAGAGGAGGCCAAAAAAUUGUUUCCUAAAGGCGUCUUCACCAAAGAGCUCCCUUCAGGCAAGAAAUACUUACGGUACACCCCUCAGCCGUAGGUUACUCCAGCAAGACCAUGCUGGGGUCUGGCUGGGCCUCCCUUGAAGAUCUCUACCAGAAGGGAUACCAGCCUACCAAUCAUGUCUUCCUACAGUAAUUGAUUUAAACAUCUUGGGGUGAUGAAAGUCAGGAGUCUUUGGGCUGUUCUACUAAUGGCUUGUUAAAUGAAAAUGGCACUAAAAGUCACCCAUGAUUCUUCUCCUUGUGCCUUUACCAGCUUUCACUUGGGUCAUUGAACUGCCUUGUUGUUCUGCUGGCUAUCUCUGGGAUGGCACUGUUUGGGACUUUUAAAUCCUUGUGAGAUCUGUUGUAGUCUCCAUCAUCAGCCACCUAGUAUGGUUGGCAUUUAGGAAAGGGACUACUUAGGAGCAUUGCAGGAAUGAGACUUCUUUAACUGACCUAAUAGACAAAUCAUCUCUUUUUCUAAUUAUCCAUUUGAGGGGAGGAGACGAUUUAACAUGUUUAGUUUUGAUCUUCACCUCCCUGAGUUUAUGACCAACAACUUGUAAUAAUUUAGGUGUUUCAGAUAGUGUUUUUUCCUCAAAUGUUGAGUGUUCUAACCACAGUUAGGAGAUUCUUCUCUUUCCAGCAGAUAACAGGGAAGCAGAAUACAACCUUAAAAUAUUUUGUUACAUUGGGCGAAAGAGCUUUCUAAUUAUGUUAUAGUAUGUGGUUGAGACUACAGAGAAGCUGCAUAAUGCCUGCUAGUGAUGUACAGAAUGGUGGAGGGCCAUAAUUAUGGGUGCCUUUUUAAACAAGUCAAAUAUCUAGACAUGGGGAAAACUCCUCUUAAAUAUUCAUAAUAAGAUGAAAGCAUGUAUACUCAAGGGAAAGGAAGGGUUAAAGAUACUAUUUCUUUACUAUAAAAUGUUGUCUCUGCAGUGGAUUGUUUUCUGAUAUUUUGCCUUUAGGGGAGCCUCAAAUAAAAGCUUUUUGAAACUAA